GUGGGUUUCUGUCCCUUCUCAGCUCCCCCAAUCUCUUUUGUCUUCCCAAAUUUCCCUUUCUUUACGAAAUUUUGCAGCAGAAGAAUGGAAGGGGAUUUUAGCUUUUGAUUUCGACUUGCUGACCCCGAAAAAAGUAGAGCAGAAUCGCCAAUUUUUUCUCGAAUUUAAUGGUUCGUCCUCGGCGAUUCAAAACCUCAUCACUGAAUGCUAUAAAGCCUAAAAGGGAUUUAAUAAGUGAGCUGCCGGUAGAGAUAAAGGACAGAAUUUUGGAAUGUUUGCCCACCCGAGACGCUGCCAAAACUGCUCUACUCUCAACGCACUGGAAUGAUGUUUGGUUGCAGCAUGGCCGGCUUGCAUUCGAUCUGAAAUUCCUGCAAAGUGUCCAACAGAAACGGUGCCAAGAUGAUGACGGUAGAACCCUCGUGAACAUAAUCAAUAAUAUCCUCUUUUUCCGUGCUGGGCCUGUUAAGAAAUUUACUCUACAGAUAAGGACAUCAAUUGAUCCUAAGCCGCAGCAGUGUGAUUUCGAUAAGUGGUGUCUUUUUCUGUCAAGAAAUGGUGUGGAGGAACUUUACAUAUCUUUAGCGAGUUAUGUGGAGGAAUAUAAGCUGCCAUUUUGUUUACUCUCUUGCAGGACAAUUAAGCAACUGAUAGUCCGCUCUCUCUUUAUUUAUUUGCCUGUAAAUGCUGUUGGUAUAUUUUCCAAUGUCACUUCUUUAGCUUUCUUCGCUGUUAAAUUUAAGCGCAGUGUUCAUGGAAUUGCCUCUAGUAUUAGUAUUCCAAAACUUGAGAAGCUGGCCUUGGAACUUUGUGAUGGGAUCAAUAAAUUUGAGAUCAGCCCUCCAAAGCUUGAAAUCUUGUCUGUUAUUGAUUCCAUUAAAGAUGUGGUUGAGUCCAGAUGGCUGGCACCACAUUUGAAAGCUAUUAAGACUCUUUGGUUGUGUGGCUUUUCGUUGAAGUGUAUGGAUGUAUCUAUGUUUUCAACUGCAAUAAAUCUGCAAGUGAUGAAGCUAUAUGAAUUAAGUUUUGGUUUUGGGAAGCAGCUCGCGGUUGCUAUGCAAUUGGUUCAAAAAUGUCCCAACCUAUGUGAACUGGGAAUUAUGGCAAAUGAGUCAGGUAGGAGGGAUGACAAAGAAGCUGCGUCAAGACUUUUGGAGGAUCCAAAAGGUUGCUUUAGUAUUCAGGAGCUGAAGAUGCUUAACACAAUCAAGAUUGAAUCAUUCAGUGAGUCCGCACUCAAAAUGCUUUUUAUGAAGAUAUUGCUCUCAAAAUCCCCUAGCCUAGAGAAAGUUGUUAUCAUGAAGUCUUGGGAUAUGAAUGCCUCCGAGGUGAGCAAAGUUCUAAGGAAGUUGGAAUGCUUCCCUCGUGCAUCUCCAAACGCACAAAUUGUCUCCACGGGCAAUAACUAUGAGACUAUGCGUGAGGACUGGUUGGAUACCCAUGGUUUUAGCCUUUCAUAAACUUAGUAUUGUGAAUCUCCAUGAGUUCUAUUCUGGUGCAAGUUAGAAAUCUAAGCAAUGUUUGAUGUUGAAAUGUUUACUAAGUUGUUCAGCAUAAGGUAUUUGUAAUCAGCAAGCACAAACUCCAACAAUGUCCCUCUAUUUGCUUUUGUU